GCAUCUUCAGGAAGGGUUCCGGUCCACGUUCUGAUUCGGAUUCCAGGCGAGGCCGCACGCCUAGCCCUGCCUACUCGACCCGUCCCCGUGAAGACCUCACCGGCUCCUGCUGCAAACCGCUCCGCCGACGCCCCUACCGGAAGUGGCUUUGGGCUGCUGUGUCUUCUGGGAAACGUAGUCCGACAGGGGAGAGCCGGGGAUGUGAACAAGAUAAAUCGGCCGCCAGGCUAUGGGAUGCACCUGCACACUUUCACUCGGGCUUAGCGUGACGGCCACAACCUCCGAUUUCCAAGUCAGACCCGGGUUUGGGGUCUGAAUUCGGGACCUCUGAUUCCUCCGAAAGAGGAUUUCAGGCCUGGCACUGUGGCUGUCCUUACCCCCUCAACGUGGAUGCGCCCGUGCCGUGUCUUAAGAGAAUUGUUGUCGGGUGCAGAAGGACCCAACCUGUGAGAUUGAGGGCUCUUCUCUCAGAGAACUGCACUGCAAAGGAUCAUGAGACACCAGACCUUUGUUGGAGCAUAGACUGGCUAAACUGGAAGAAUUCUUCACCACUCAAGCUCCCAUCAUCUACCACACGCUCACUCAGAUGGAAGUAAAGGGAGAUUAGCGUACUGCUAACUUUUCUUAGUAUCAAAGAGAACGCCUAGGGUCACUGAUAUCCAGGGCUGAAAUUUUCAAUUCACAGCAAGUUUCUUGGGGAGACAGCUCUGGGAAUGAUAUGGUUCUGAAACAUGGAACUUGACCUCAGUUUCUAAGGGACAGCCUCUGAGGAAAGAAUCCUGUUCCUAGGCUCUCACCUUGUCUUUCUAGAACUCUGCCUAAGAGGCACUUUCAACUCUUAAAUUCAUUCCAAAAACAGACCUGUGCUUUUUUUUGCUUGCAUGUAACCUUUAUCCUACCAUUCAAAUAUCUGACUCUCCUUUGGUGACCAUUUCUCUGCAGCUGAAGUCCAUAGCUAUCAAGCAGGAGAAAAGAGGAGGCAGGGAACCCAGGAAUACAUAUCCUAAGAAAGAACAGAACCUAAAAUUGGCCUCUAAGCGGGCAACACUCACUCCACUGAUACCCGCUCUGUGUUAAGCAUGAGGCUGGGCUCUGGAGGCGGGGGUGGCCUGAGGAAGGCAGCUCAGGCCACGCUCCAGGGCAGGGCGACCCUGGUUAACACGGGCAUUGUAGUCUUUCGGGCACAGAUAAACUCUUCGGGAGAUUUCUUCAACAAACCCCUCAGUCCUGACGUUAAACCCAGAACUGAAGAAAUGAAGCUUUACCCCGUAACACAGCCAAACUCCUACCCGGUCACAGAAUUAAAAGCCUCUUCCAUCACACUAGGAAACAACAGCUCUGUCUUACGUGGGCGGUCUUAAAACCCGGUGUCAUUUACGCCCUAUCUGGGCUGACCACGGUCACCCAAAAGGUCCCGCACCGGAGCGGCGACACACAUAAUCACGCCCCCGUCACGACCCCAUCACCCCACACACAGCCCGCCUCCUCACGGCCAAAGUCGCUCGCACCCUUAAACACGCACACGCGGGCCUGAGCUCCGGGUGCACACGCCUUGUCGGCGCCGUGGGGGCUCGGGGCUUCCUCACCGUGAGCGCCCGCUCCGCUCGGCCUCCGGGACCUCUCGGAGCGCGACGACUGAGAACUGAGGACGGGAACCAGAGAUGAACCACAGACCGAAGUUUUCUUCAAAAGCUGCCGGGGUCUGUGGGAAAUGUAGUUCAAGGUUGGAAAGGCCCGGAUGCCGAGGAGGCGCGGAGACCGCGGCCGCGGCCGCGAAGACAGAAUCGCGGAGACACUUGGGAAGAACUGCCCGCCCUGGGGCACGCAGGCGCAGACGGCUGGCCGCGGGUCCGAGGUGGGUAGUCUCCAGCUGGAAUGGAUUGGGAACUGGAGAAGGGAAGAGGAGUCAAGUCAGGGACAAGAAGAGGCUAUAUGACUGAUUCCAUUAUAAUUUAGUGCAGUCCUCUUGAACAGGAGGAUCCACGCCAACCCAGAGAGGCUCCAUCCAUGGGUUCCCCAUCUAGAGCCCAGGAACUGCCCUUUCCCAAAAGAGAGCCGGAGGAAGACUGCUCAUCUCUUACAAUCUGAAAAUCAUGGCUCAGUUCCACUCCAUGCAGGGAUCAGUGUCAUUCAAAGAUGUGACUGUCGACUUUACUCCGGAGGAGUGGCAGGAACUGGAUCCUGCUCAGAAGACUCUAUAUAUGGAUGUAAUGUUAGAAAACUAUUGUCACCUCAUUGCUGUGGGCUGUCAGAUGACGAAGCCUGAUGUGAUCCUCAAGUUGGAACGAGGAGAAGAGCCAUGGACAUCAUUUGCAGGUCAUACCUGCUUAGAAGAAAACUGGAAAGCUGAAGACUUUUUAGUGAAAUUCAAGGAACACCAAGAUAAGUAUUCUACAUCAGUUUUAUUCAUCAACCACAAAAAACUCAUUAAGGAGAAUAAUAAUGCAUAUGAAAAGACAUUUAUGUUAAGCAAAAACUCUGUUAGUUCUAAAAGUCUACCUCCUGAAUAUGAAACUCAUGGAAAGAUUUUUAAAAGUGUUUCAGAAUUAAUCAUCAGUAAUCUAAGCCCUGCAAGAAAGAGAUUUAGUGAAUAUAAUGGAUAUGGGAAAUCACUCCUCAAUACUAAGCCAGAGACAGCUCAUCCUGGAGCCACAUCCCAUAUUCAAUGUGGCAGGGUUGUCAGUCAUAAUGAAAUGCUUAUGCAGUAUCAGAAGAUGGAAACUUCAGCACACUCAUUUGGAUAUAAUAACUGUGAGAAAUCCUUCCUUAAAAAGGGAGGCUUAAUUACACAUAAUAGAGCUUACAGAAGGGAAAAUCCAUCUGAAUACAAUAACAGGAGAAGGGCAACCAAUAUUGAAAAAAAGCAUACAUGUACCGAAUGUGGAAAGUCCUUCUGUAGGAAGUCAGUAUUGAUUCUGCAUCAGGGAAUUCACACAGAGGAAAAACCCUAUCAAUGUCAUCAAUGUGGAAAUUCAUUUAGAAGGAAGUCUUAUCUCAUUGAUCAUCAGAGAACUCACACAGGGGAGAAACCCUUUGUUUGUAAUGAAUGUGGUAAGUCCUUCCGCUUAAAGACAGCCCUCACUGAUCAUCAGAGAACACAUACAGGGGAGAAAUCAUAUGAAUGUCCACAGUGUAGGAAUGCCUUCAGAUUGAAGUCACACCUCAUUCGUCAUCAGAGAACACAUACCGGAGAGAAACCAUAUGAGUGUAAUGACUGUGGGAAGUCCUUCCGCCAGAAGACAACACUCUCUCUACAUCAGAGAAUUCAUACAGGAGAGAAACCCUAUAUUUGUAAAGAAUGUGGGAAGUCCUUUCACCAGAAGGCAAACCUUACUGUACAUCAGAGAACUCAUACAGGGGAAAAACCCUAUAUUUGUAGUGAAUGUGGGAAAUCCUUCUCCCAGAAGACAACCCUUGCUCUUCAUGAGAAAACUCAUAAUGAGGAAAAACCCUAUAUUUGUAGUGAAUGUGGGAAGUCCUUCCGCCAGAAGACAACCCUUGUAGCACAUCAGAGAACACAUACAGGGGAAAAAUCCUAUGAAUGUCCUCAUUGUGGGAAGGCUUUUAGGAUGAAGUCAUACCUCAUUGAUCACCACAGAACUCACACAGGAGAGAAACCAUAUGAAUGUAAUGAAUGUGGGAAAUCCUUCAGUCAGAAGACAAAUCUCAAUCUACAUCAGAGAAUUCAUACAGGGGAGAAACCCUAUAUUUGUAAUGAAUGUGGGAAGUCCUUUCGCCAGAAAGCAACCCUCACUGUACAUCAGAAAAUACAUACAGGGCAGAAAUCCUAUGAAUGUCCUCAGUGUGGGAAAGCCUUUAGCAGGAAGUCAUAUCUCAUUCAUCAUCAAAGAACUCAUACAGGAGAGAAACCAUAUAAAUGUAAUGAAUGUGGGAAAUGCUUCCGCCAGAAGACAAAUCUCAUUGUACACCAGAGAACUCACACUGGGGAGAAACCCUAUAUUUGUACUGAGUGUGGUAAGUCCUUCAGUUAUAAGAGAAACCUCAUUGUCCAUCAAAGAACUCACAAGGGAGAAAACACAGAAAUGCAAUAAAUGAUGUGAUAUCUUUGUGAAGCCUUUUCAAGUUAUUGUAAAACUUUAGUUUUUUUUUUAAGCAUGCUACAUAUGGUAACAGGUACUUUUAAUCACAAAUGUAAUAAUAGUUUUUAAAGUACCUUACCUUACCACAUAACUAUUUAUCUACUGUUUACUAACAUAUAAAAUGGGUAUGAUCAUGGUUAUUGAACCAUAUCAGCUAUUAAGCUAAUUUUUUAAGUUUUCGGGUUCUGCUGACUCCGUUUGCAGAAGCAAGAUACAUACUGGUUAUAAGCAUCAGUCUCCAUAAAAGAAAUAAAAUAUGAAGUAUAUUUCUUAUUGCACUCUGGAAUAAAAUGUGUUACUUCCCCAAAGAUUACUACUUCCCUCUCUUCCAAUAUCAUGUAGUUUUUGCAUGUCUUUCAAUUGUAUAUAUAUUUUGUCAUGUCAUGAAUUCUUUUGUGUCCUGAUUCAACAUUUUUAAGAUUUCAUGCAUUAUUGCAUGUGGCAGUAAUGUAUUCAUUUUCAUUCUGUAUACUAUUCCAUUUUAAGAAUAUACCACUAUUUAUCCUCUUGAUGGAUUUGUUUUUUUAUAAUUCAUGUUGUAAUAAAAUACUAUUAAAUAUUG